AUGGCUGUAGAACGCAAAUGGGGCGACAACCACAUCAGCAGAGCUUUGACACAAAUUCACUCGGAAUCUUGGCUGCUUGGAAACUUCGUCCUGCGGCGUCUACCGUAUUGUUCCGAUACAGCCACUUGGAACGACGAAAGCGACAAUUCGAGCUACACAUUAGAGAACUUAUCGAGCCCUCAUCCUCCUGCGACCGCACAUUAUGACAGUCCUUACAUUCAACUAGUACACCAGGCUGGCGAUGCCUCCGCGGUCUGGGCUGUUGGUAGCAUUGCGCUUUGCAAGGUCAAACAUGUUGAGGACGGCGUUACGCCUGAACCGUCUACCUUGAAGUUUGUUCAAGAUCAGCAACCAAGCUUCAAUACACCCAAAAUCCUAGCUCAGGCUGUAGACGGAGACAGGGUAUACCUCUUUCUCCAGAGGCUCCCAGGUCGAACUCUCGACCAAGCUUGGCCAUAUCUGAACACUUGGUGGCGACUUCACUAUGUUACGGCUAUCGCGGAUGUCUGCAAGGAAAUGGCUCAAUGGAAAGUCCGUGGUUUUGGUGGCGUCGAUGAUCAAAACAUACCAGAAUACUACCUCCAGCCUCGUGGAUGCCAUGAUUUCAACUCUAUAAAAAAUUCGUGUGAAGAGAUAGGUAUGGAUUGUUCUGAUCUGGUUUUCUAUCAUGCCGAUCUAGGGCCUACCAACAUUAUCGUGGAAGACAAGCCGAGGACAGGAGGUAUUGGAGUUAUCGAUUUUGAGAUUGCAGGUUACCUGCCUCGGGACUGGGUUAGAACAAAAUUCCGACUCUCUUCUGGUAUGAAUCUAUCAGGGUUUGCAAGUGAAGACCCAACGUGGUUGAGGUCUGAGGUUCAGAAGUUGCUCGGUAAGGACGGAUUUAGGGAUCUUUCAAGUGCAUACAUGUCGUGGUUGGAACGCCAAUCAAAGACAGACAGAAAAUCAAUGGGCAUGUGA